CAGAGCACAGCUGGCAGAUGUUGGCUGACCAGCCGUCAGCCCAGACCAGAAUGGAGCAUCUGGAGGUUGAGCUCAGCCAGCUGGAAGCCAUUUUGGAAUCAUCUGACAGUGAUGCAGAUUCAGAGGAAGAUGAAGAAUCCACGGAAGCGGCUCUUCUUCAGGAACAGGAUCAGGCCAAGGAGAAACUAGCCGAAUUUGAGCACGCUUCGCAAGCCUUGUUGGCGGAGCUGUCCACGCUGGAAGCAGAGUUUGCAAUCGAGAAGUCGUGCCGAGAGCAGGCAGAAGCCUACGCAGCCCAGAUUAACAGGGAGAACCAGAAGCUGAAGCGGUUCAGUGCCGCUUUGUUGCCGGUGCUGAGCCACCUCCCGGCAGACUUCAUCAACCGGGGCGAGGAGGAUGAGGCCCCCAACGAACCAGCGCUGGAUCCCGUGUGUCCAUAUCGGCAGCAAAUCAAAGACCUUCGAGCAAAGGUUUCCCAGCUGCUGGAUGAGAAAAAGGAACUGGCCAUGCAAGUGAGGGAGCUCCAGGGUCACGCACAGCAGCUCCAGGAACAGGUGGAAGAAGAGUAUUCAGAGAAGCAAUCCCUGCAGGCUUUGAUGGAGGAGAGUCAGAGAGCUUUGAAGAGGGUCAAACAAGUGUCCCGGCUGCUCACUGAGGAGUAUGGCAAGGUGUCUCAGCAGCUGAACCUGGAGGAAGAACUGAGGCAGCAAGCGGAGACCUUUGCCCAUCAGAUGCUUGUAAAGCAGAAAGAGGCCAGCCGGCAGAGCAUGAUCUUAAUGGAGAAUAUCAGCCCAGAGGCCCAGCUUCUUCAAGCCCUGGAUGAGGUGGCCAAGACGACCCAGGCACUGGAAGUAGCCAAGGAGGAGCACCAAGCUAAAGUGAAGGACUUGGAAGCCCAGCUGGUGGCACGGCCACCGCUGGAGGAACUCCACAGGCUCCUGUCUGCCCUUGCAAUGGCAGAGGAAGAGAAGGUCUGCCUGAGAAAGCGGCUGCUCCAGGUGGAGGAGAGGAAUGCAGCCCUGGAAGAGAGAGUGAAAUCCCUGGAAGAACAAGCAAAGAUGACGGAAAGCCCAUCUCCUGAAACAUGCCCUGUGGCCCCUCCUCCCCCUCCUCCCCCUCCUCUUCCUCUUCCUGCCUGUCCUGCCCCAGUGGACCCCUUGAUGGCCAUCAGGCAGAGGAAAGGAGCACAGCAAGUGAAAUGUGGAAAACCCUGUGCUGACGAUACGAAAGCGAAAGCGGUAGAAGAAAUGAUGGCCCGGAUCAAAAGUGGGGUGGUGCUGAGGCCAGCCAGAAAGGACGCCGGGGCCUUGUCCAAGCUACCAUCCACCACAGCAAGCAAUCGCAGGAGCACCGUGAUGGAGCUUCAAGGCCUCCUGGCCCAGAGUACCAUGAGGAGACCAGUCAGGAAAUCAAGCCGACGUAAAGGGAGCCAGUUGAAGCUCACAGACAACCAGCUGGAAUCCAUCUUGCAGAGACGCCGCUGCAUCGUUGACUGCCCAGCCCAGGCUCAAGUCCUGCAGCAGCAAUCCACCGCGGCCACUGAACACAGCCUGCCCAUUGAGGCUCGGGGGGCUGUGGUGGGUGCUCACUCUAUUCCGGAUGUAGGAGUCCCGGGAAAGCCAAGUCCUGCCAUGCAGAGCUCCAAGGAUCCCACCCAAAGUCUAACAGGUGACCCCUGCAAACCUGUGGCCAAGAUCCCACCAUGUUCAGAGGAGGAAGAGGAGCCUGCCUCUGCUCAGUUCCAGGCCAGAAUAGCAUCCCUUCAGAGAAGCAGGAGGAUCAGUCCCACGUCAGGGGCUGGAGAGUCAGGACUCACUCUGAUGCAGAGGAGAGCUGCCUGCAUGUCAACCCAUCGCCCACAAGCCUCUUCCCAAGCCUCUUUGAAAGGCAAAGAUAUGAAGACAAGCAUGAUAUAAAAAUCCGAGCUCACAUCAAAUUCUCCACUUGCGCCUGAGCCUAAAUUCUUAGCAGCUUCAACUUUUAAAAUGACAGGUGUGCAUAUACCAUUAAUUUCAAUGGAGUUUGCACAGGUGUCCUUCUUCUUGCCCUGAUUUUGGGAUGGUCAGCACUCUUUCCUGAGAGCCACAGCUCUUUCCAUCAUGCGACUGCUGUCAGUGAGGAGUUCAACAGGUGCAGCUUUCAUCUCACAAUAGCUUCGCAUGUUUCAAAAAUUUGUGUCUGUCAAGAAAGGGAGUUGAACACCUUGCUUGCCUUGGCAAUGCAAGACUGGGGUGGAACAGGAGCCAAGAAGGGGGAAAAAAGUGCAACAGAUUUUCUUGAGGGCUGUUGUGUCACAAUCCCCGGUUAUGAUGUUGGGAUUCCCAUAGUAGGUCAGUGCAGCGAAGCAGCUGUGUCAAUUGCAUGUCAUCCUCCUCCUCUGGGAUUAUUAGGCUCUUAUUUUUAACUGCAUUAAAACCUGAAAGCAGCUAUAGUAUUUAAAAAUAGUGUUAACGCAGUUGAUAUUUAACGCUUGAGUAACUAAGGGGAGAAAUCAUUUCUGAAGGAGCAGCAAAUCUUGCCUAAUUUUUCUUUAAAUGUACACUAGAAGGCCACAAUGAUAUCAGACG